GUGAGCAAAUCACCAGGGCGAGUGACUGGGUCCCCCGCUGCUUUCCACGUACACUACCAACUGUACUCACACUCUGGUAUGUCUGUGUGUUUUUUAUACCUCGUCGAGACUGUCAAAGAGGCUAACAUAGUGCUGUUCUUGUCUCUCAUCCUUUACAACCGUAUCUGCCUAUCAAGUGAAUUUUCUCAAGCCCUACACGCGAACAUGGACAAGUUUCCCAGGUUACAAUAACUACAGUAAACCCGGCACCUACCUGAGAACCAUGUCACAGAAACUAGUAACUGAGGCGUACGUCGGAGGGGUGUGGAGGGGCGGACGGGGAGGAACCUUCGCCGUCUACGACCCAGCAACAGGCGCAGAGAUCGCUCAGGUGGCCGACUGUUCUUCCCAAGACGUAGAAGAAGCUAUAGAGGCAGCGUCUGAGGCAUACCUCAUAUGGCGUCACACCUCAGUAAAGGAGAGGGCCGCUCUCCUGUAUAAGAUCCGAGACUCUCUGCUGGCUAACAAGGACAACCUUGCUACUACUAUUACCAGGGAGAGUGGGAAGCCCUUGGGGCAGUCAGCUGGAGAGGUGGGGUUCUCGGCGUCCUUCUUCGAGUGGUUCGCGGAGGAGGCCCGCCGCCAGUACGGAGAGACCAUCCCCAGCAGCGUUGCCUCCAAGCGUAUGGUCACCAUCAGGCAGCCUGUAGGUGUGGCCGCUCUCAUCACCCCGUGGAACUUCCCAAUCGCGAUGAUGGCCAGAAAACUGGCUGCUGCCCUUGCUGCCGGUUGCACUUGCGUCAUCAAGCCAGCUGAAGACACCCCGCUAAUAGCCCUUGCGUUCACCAAGUUGUGUGAGGACGUGGGUGUGCCUGCCGGCGUGAUCAACGUAGUACCAUGCUCGCGGGAACGGGUACUGGAGGUAGGGGCUGCCCUCUGUGACUCUCCUCAGGUACAGGUUCUCUCCUUCACCGGGUCGACAGCGGUGGGUCAGUGGCUGUACUCCCGCUGUGGACUCACCGUCAAGAAGCUGUCACUAGAACUGGGAGGCGACGCACCCUUCAUUGUCUUCCCUACCGCCAACCUGGACUUGGCCAUCCCAGGAGCCAUGGCCUCCAAGUUCCGAAACACGGGUCAGACGUGCGUCAGCGCAAACCGUUUCUUCGUCCAUGAGUCUCUUCACGAUGAGUUUGUGUCGAGGCUGGCGGCCGCUAUGGACACUGAACUGAAGGUGGGGAGAGGCCUGGACACCGGAGUCAACCAGGGACCUCUAAUAAACCAACGUCAACAUGACAGACUGGUGAAGAUGGUGAAGGAGACGGUAGCAGAGGGGGCGCAGGUGGUGCGUGGAGGGACGUCGAUGAGUGGCCUCUACUACCCGCCCACCUUGCUGACGGGCGUUACCCCUGCCAUGACUCUGGCCAAGAACGAGAUCUUCGGCCCCGUGGCGAUCAUCAUGAAGUUCAAGACGGAGGAGGAGGUGGUGAAACUGUCCAACCAUACCCGGCGGGGCUUGGCAGGUUACUUCUACUCUAACGACGUGAGUCAAGUAUGGAGAGUAGCCGAGGCGAUGGAGGUGGGGAUGGUGGGAGUUAACGAGACUCUCAUGUCUACUUGUGAGGCUCCCUUUGGGGGUGUCAAGUACUCAGGAAUAGGCAAGGAAGGCUCCAAGUACGGACUUGAUGAGUACUCAAGCCUCAAAUACAUCUGCUUCGGCGUGUAGGACUCGAUAAGACGUCUUACUUCACCCAAGGACAUCAACGGGGUGCAUUCCGCUAUACCUCUUAACCUUUGAAAAUUCAUUAAUGCAUUCAAGAGUUUAGCAUACUUCAUGGGCCGUCUGUGGACCAUAGAGUACUUCAUGGGCCGUCUGUGGACCAUAGAGUACUUCAUGGUCAGUCUGUGGACCGUAGAGUACUUCAUGGGCCGUCUGUGGACCAUAGAGUACUUCAUGCCAGUCUGUGGACCAUAGAGUACUUCAUGGUCAGUUUGUGGACCAUAGAGUACUUCAUGGUCAGUCUGUGGACCAUAGAGUAUUUCAUGGUCAGUCUGUGGACCAUAGAGUUCUUCCUGAUCAGUUUGUGGACCAUAGAUUACUCCAUGGUCAGUCUGUGGACCAUAGAGUACUUCAUGACAGUCUGUGGACCAUAGAGUACUUCUUGACAGUCUGUGGACCAUAAAGUACUUCAUGAUCAGUCUGUGGACCAUAGAGUACUUCAUGGUCAGUCUGUGUACCAUAGAGUUCUGCAUGGUCAGUUUGUGGACCAUAGAGUACUUCAUGGUCAGUUUGUGGACCAUAGAGUACUUCAUGGACCGUCUGUGGACCAUAGAGUUCUUCAUGGUCAGUUUGUGGACCGUAGAGUACUCCAUGGGCCGUCUGUGGACCAUAGAGUUCUUCAUGGACCGUCUGUGGACCAUUGAGUACUUCAUGGUCAGUUUGUGGACCAUAGAGUUCUUCAUGGGCCGUCUGUGGACCAUAGAGUACUUCAUGGGCCGUCUGUGGACCAUAGAGUAUCUAUCAGUUGAAUUAACAUAACUACAAAUAAGUUAAUUGGUAUGUUGGGAAAAGAGCAAAUUUUACUAAAAUUUGGCCAAAAUUGUUUCAUGUUAAACUCAAGUUGUUCAAAUAAUCUUUAGUGAAGCACAUUGUAAUACUGAUGAAAAUAAGUAAAGUAAUGUAAAUUUA